AUCACUCCGCUCACCCGUCCGCCACUCGUACAUCCCCCUCUUCGUUAGCGACCACCACGACCGUUAGCUGCCCUGCUCACCGUCCACAACGUCGUAGCCCGCCAUGAACGCCCGCUACACCCUCAAGCGCCCCGCCCACCACCUCUCGGAAGAUGCCGACAUAAUCGAACCCAGUCACGACCUCGCCUUCUCCGACUCCGACCCAAGUUCGAGUCGCGUCGUCCAUCACGCCAAACAAUUAUCGCAUGAAUCUCCAGAGGACGCCAGGCUCACUGCGCAGACUCUCAACUCCGAUGGCACGCCGAAGAGGCCCAUGAACGCCUUCAUGAUCUUCGCGCGCAAACGGCGUCCUCAGGUAUCCGCCGAGAACCAGAUGAUGCGCACGGGGGAGAUAAGCAAGCUUCUGAGCAAGGAGUGGAACACCAUGGAAAUGGCAGACAAACAGUACUUCCUCGACCAGGCGAAGAAGCUCAAGGAUAACUUCAACGCGAAGUAUCCGGACUACGUCUAUAGGCGUCGUCCGAACAACUCCCGUAAGAAGCGCAAGCCAGAUCCGUCUCUUCACCCUAUGCUCGACGGCAGCCCGUCAGCUGACGCCGGCGAUGAGAUGUCGGGCUUUCACGAGUUCGACUACCCCAGUCCCGUCGAAGACGACGAUAGCGUGAAUCACUCUCCACGCGACCUUACCUUCAGCCGCACCGGCUUGCUCUCGUCCGCUGCGUACGAAGAUAGCCAGGGCUUCCCUUCCUCCCACCAUCACCACCACCCUCACUCCUACUCGUCCUACUCGUCUUCCUCUGAUCUCCAUCCGCAUGGUCAACUCUCCCACUCCGGCGGGAACAGAGUCAUCCAGCUCCCGAGCGUGCACGACCGCUCUGGAUCUGAGGGCUCCUUAUCCGGCAGCACAUCGCAACAUUCGUCCUCUGGGGACUUGACCAGCCAUGCCGGUUACUCCAGCCAGUCCUCGCAGAUGCCCCCCUCUCAGCUCUUCUCUGAACAACUCGGCGUGCACGCUUACCAGUGGCCGCUCCCCUCCGCGCCUAGAGGGGCUAACCAGACUCGAGGGGCGAGUACAGCAUGGCCGCCCAGCAUGAUCACACCACUUAACACCGGUGGUGGUGGUCCUGGUGGCGGCGGUCGCAAUGAUCGUUCGUUACCCGCCCUCUCAGCCUCGAAGCUCGACAUCUACACUCCCCCUCCCCAUUCACACUCGCACCUCUCCCGCCCCUGGUCCACCAGCACCGCCUCGCAACCCUCCCCCACCGCAUCCAGCGCCUCUUCGCACCUAUCCUCUCAGUCCUACUCUCAUCAACCUCUCCCGACGCUCUCCGCGCCCUUCUUCCCAGACGGACGUACUGGGCCUCCUUCGCCGCCGCAAUACCAUAGCAGUGGCGCGUCGUCGAAUUCGGCGAGUCCGGAGGCGUAUUUUUCGACUGCUGCUCAGUUGCCGCUUCCGAUCGCUAACGGAUCGGCAUACGGAAGAGCUGGAGGGGGAGGGGGUGCGGCCGAGUAUGAUACGCCGAGCUAUGGCGUGCAUAAUUCUCACCCGACGAGUGGCAGCUAUCAAAGCCAGAGGGAGCACCAGCAGCAUCAUCAUCAUUCGCAGUUGUUGCAGACCUCGAUGUUGCCGUCGAGGACGCCGCAUAUGAUACCGGUGACGGGUGGCAGGUAUCCGUAUGUUUAGGUUUGGCGUAGGGUGGAGGUGGGGGUGGAACACUCGAUAACCCUCGCUCGUCGUCUCGUUUGCAGCUCACACACGAAAAAGCGAGGUUUAAAUAUUGGUCAGUUAAUCCUCUUUCUCCUUUCUUGUUACUUUAUGCAUCCUCGAUACUCUGCAUACCAUUCGUCCUCGCCACGAGUUUCGAUCGUUCCUUUCCUUCGUCCCACUGGUUUUCAGUUUCGUUUGCCUGUUUUCUUGUCGUUGCCUGCCCCGUUGUUGCCGUCGGUUGUGCCUUUGUUGUUGUUGCCAGUUGUUAUUUUGCCUUCAAGCUGUAUCAUUCAUUCCUUUGUCUGUUUUUCAUUAUGAUUAUGUGUUAUCGUCGUCGUCGUCGGACAUGCAUUAUGUUUAUGGUACAUGGUACAAUACAAACCCAAAUCACGUUCCCUCUCAGUUGCAGUCCCUGUCUCUUUCUGUCUCAGUCCCAUCUCCGUCUCUGUCUCCGUUGCACUGCCCUCAUCAUGAUCGUACAUAUCCGUUCCUGUCUGUUCGUCGCACUCGCUCGUUCGUUAUUCAAAAAUUGUGUUUAUAGUCUUCGUUUCUUUGCCUCCGAGCUGUCUCAGUGUCUGUUGUUUGUCUGUUCGUUCGUUAGUCAGUCAGUUGUAGUGUUGUUCGAUGUUGAGAACUCGAAUCGAUAAAGUGCAUAUUGUCAAU